AUGAAGCUGUGUGAAUGUAUUCCACCACCACCAAAUAUCGAACUACUUUCACCACCACCGGAUCCAUCACUUAUAUGGCAUUUCAUAUCCAAUGAACCAAUUGAUAAUUUAGAAAAGAUUAAUGAAUGCGAUGGCAAUAAAUUAUCGAUAAAUUCUUCAGUUCCAUAUGUGCCAAAUAAUCAAAUUUUUGAUUAUUUUCCAUACUUAUUUACAGCAAUUGUUGGUAUUUUUGUAAUUUUUAUUGUUAUAGUUGUAAUUAUUAUCAUAAAUAUUCUCAGGAUACGAAGGUUUGUUUAA